GCAAUUUAUAGAUUAUUAUCGACAAGUUUUAUAGAUGUUAGUUCUUUUGUUGAGAGCAGAGUCUUCCAACAUCAUUACUGACUUGAUGGAUUUUGCUUCUUCUUUUGGUUCAUUCUCCUCUUAUGACUAUGCUAUUCCAAGCAAAGAAAUUCUAUGGCUAGCAUCUAUCUUCUCAGGCAUAACCUUAUGUGUUCUUGUUUAUUCAUCAAGUGCUAUUUUGAGUUCUUUGUUGUUCAAGGGAUAUGGGAAAUUGAGUAGUGCAGAGAAAAUUGAAUGGAAUAACCGGGGAUUCUCUACAUUUCACGCUCUUCUUGUAUCAUCUGCAUCUUUCUACCUCCUGGUCUUAUCAGAUUUCUUCAAUGAGAAUUCACAUGAUGGUUUAUUAGUUAUUAAUAGAUCAUCAACUUUAUCAAAUACAGUGUUGGGGAUUUCUGUUGGUUAUUUUCUAACAGAUCUGGCGAUGAUUCUUUGGCAUUUUCCAAAUUUAGGGGGUCUGGAGUAUGUUCUGCACCACGGGCUAUCCAUAGGUUCUAUUUUAGUAUCUCUGCUAAGUGGUCAAGUUCAGAUCUACAUACUUAUGGUUCUUUUCUCUGAGUGCACCACUCCUUUUGUAAAUCUAAGAUGGUACUUGGAUAUUGCUGGUUUUAAGAGCUCCAAACUUUACAUUUGGAAUGGCAUUGCAUUGUUUAUCGGUUGGCUGUUUGCAAGGGUUUUCCUGUUCGUGUUCAUUUUUUUUCACAUGGGGACCCAUUUUGAUGAGGUUAAGGAAGCCUUUCUUUUAGGAUUUUACAUCUUGCUUGCGGUGCCUUCUGUGUUGGCAGUGAUGAACAUGUUUUGGUUCUGGAGGAUUACCAAGGGUUUGGUUAAAGCUCUUACAAAAGCAAAACACAGUUAGUGAGCCUGGUGCAUCUGUACUGCUAUACUCCAUGUACGCAUACAUAAAGCAUGGUAGGUUUCACAUUAGAUUUAUAUUUAUUUUAAGGCUAUUAGUUGUAGUUUUUGUAGUAAAUUUACAUUCACAAAUUUUUUAACAUUUUUUCAAACAUACUAUGAGAUGGCCAUUAAUUGUUUUAUAGUAGAGCUACAA